AUGCGUCUAUCAAUCGCAUCGACUUCCGUUGCUACCAUCUUGGCACUCUCUGCUGUCAAAGUGGCAGCACAAGAGGCAGGUGAUCCAGUCACUUAUACAAACGGUGGCGUCGUUUAUACUGGCGUUCUUGAUCCUGAUCUCGAUACCGUUUCAGAUAGACCUUACAGUACAGUCGCAGCUGGAGGUGCACUUGGUGCAGGUGCAGCAGCAGGCGCAGUUAUCACAACCGUAGAUGCAAACGGUAAUCCAAUCACAAUCUCAAACGGUGUCACUUUGGGCGCAGCAGCAACAACUUCUCCUCCAGUUAGAACGACAGCCGUACGAACAACAGCAGUAGCAGCAAAUAAUGGCGGAGGCGUGAGUACUUCUGACGACGACAAAGAAGACAACAUCGAAUCCGAAGUAAACGUCAUCUCCAACAACGACGACCAAGACGACCAACAAUCACCUCCAAAACAACUUCAUUUCCAACAAUACGAUCGACGCGCUUUACACACAGCCAGCCCUGACCAGCCCAAAUUACAACGACGACAGGCUGCAUUAGGUGGUGGUGGCGGUCAAAUCACAAGUCAAACAGGUCUACAGACAAUUUCAGGAUACACUCCACCCGCAAACACCGCUGUACCAUCCCCUACCAAUUUCAGUCAAGGAACAAUUCUUUCACCAUCCCAAAUACCCGGUUAUACGGGCAAGGAGAAUUCGCAAGGCGUUAGCGGUGGCGGUGUGAGCAGUGAUGGCGUUAAGCUAAAUGUUGGCAAAUUGGUUUUGGCAAGCACAGCAGGCGCAAUCGUAUUUGCGUUGCUUUGA